AUGGUAUAUCUCCCUCCCGAAGGUUAUAUUAAAGUAAAUGUGGAUGACUCUUCUCCUGAUAAUGGUAAUCCUGAUAAUGCAGGUUUUGGAGAUAGAUCGCAAUUGCCUAUGUUUGCUUUUAGUUGGUGGGACGAUAAGGGCACGUUUAGUGCUGGUGAAAUUGCAACUAUUAAAGUUAAAGUACUUGAAAAUGGCGAUAAGAUUGACAAAAAUGUUUUUCGUCCCAUACUUAAUGUCAACGGAAAGGAAGGGAAUAGUUCAUAUGUAUCGACCGUGUUGUUGAAUUUCGAAGGAGACUUUGAUAAUUGGAAGAUUUCAUUCACCCCUAUUAGAGUUGGAUUGUUCAAUGUGCUCAUUAAUGAAGAUCGUUACAAAGUUUAUGAUUCGUCAUUGCAUUUCAAUGUUGAACCAGGAAACAUGUAUCCAUCUGUGUGUGUUGCAUCAUGGAAGGGAGUGAAAUAUGAGUUUGAAGCUGGUUCAAAAGCUACAAUUAUGGUGCUCCUUAAAGAUGCAUUUGGGAAUGGCAUAUCUAAGACAACUCAAGUAUCCUAUAUGCCUGAUUUUAGGUUGUUUUUGUUGAGUGAAAAUGGUUCUAUUGUAAAUGAGCCUGAUAUCUUUAACAUGGGAUGGAAUGAAUUUGAUUAUAUAGUCAUUGAGUUUAUUGUGACCAUAGCUGGAAACUUCUCUUUGCGUAUUGAAGGAGGAAAUCAAACAUUGAAUGGUUCUCCAUUACCAUUGAAAGUUAAUCCAGGUGUUAUCGAUGUCACUAAAUGUGUUGCGAAAUGGAAGAUUGAACAUCAUGCAUGGCAACUGUCAUCAAAGAUGGAAAUCUUUAUACAUCAGUUGGAUCAAUAUGGAAAUCUAGUUUCUGGACUGUAUCCAUUUGACGCUGAAGUUGUCGAAAGAGACACAAAUUUGACAAUACCAAUAGCAGAUCUUCAUUUUCAAGAAGUGGAUGCUGGAAUUCAGUUGUUUUCCUUUGGCAAUUGGGAACCAGGGAACUUCAUAUUAACAAUAUACGACGCCAAGCAUAAUAAAAGCAUUUCCAAUAUGCCAUAUGUGUAUACCGUUUUUGUAGGUUAUUGUGAUGGUGUAAAAAGUGUUAUCAAUGGAUCUGGUUUAAAUAAUUCAGUUGCUGGGAGAAAGGAAGAAUUCUCGGUUUAUUUGAAUGACAUGUAUCAAUAUCCUUCUCCUGUUGAAGAAGGCAUACUUCAAGUACAAAUCUUAAGAGAUAAUGACUCUCACAGUGUUUCGCCGAUUAUAUAUCCCAUGUUAAACAAAACUGGUAUUUCAAAGGAUAAACAUAAUGGGAGGUCUGUAAUUACCAGUGCAUUUCAGGUGGAAUACACAACAGAGAAAAGUGGCUCUUAUGAAAUUAAUGUAUAUUGUGGAAACAUAUUAUUGAAUGAGGGCCAUUCAUUCAAAAUAGAGGUAAAAGCAGAUGAAGUGAAUAUCUCCUUGUCAAGUGUUGUGAGGUUUUCUACGAAGGUACCAAAAAUGUCAAAAAAUGAAAUAGUUGUGCAGCUUUCGGAUUCCUAUUUAAACCCUGUCAUCUCGCAACAAUCAAGGUUGAAAUUGGAGAUUACUUCAGUUAAUAGUUCUGGAUUUUCAACUUGGGAAACCAUCGAUAAUAAGGAUGGAUCAUACAGUUGUAGCUAUAUGAUUAAAGAUGUUGGCACUUAUGAGAUUUGUGCUUCUUUUGAUGGCAAGCAUGUCUUGCCAUGUCCCCUCAGUAUCAAUGUGUAUAGCAGUGAAUAUUUUCCUAAAGCCAAUGAUGAUACAUUAUCUAUUUGGGAGGGUGAAUCCAUUGCCUUUGAUGCCUUGGAAAAUGAUUAUUUUGCCGGUGAUAAUGCAAGUAUAGUUGAAUUCUCAAAAUCAGAUCAUGGUUCACUUAUACAGAAUGGAAGGAUCUUUCGCUACACUCCGUACAAAGAUUAUUAUGGAAAUGAUUCUUUUUGGUAUACAAUAUCUGAUAUAAAUGAAAAUCUUGCUACAGCUUCUGUGUACAUUUCUGUACUCAAUAUUCCACCUCAGUUUGCUUCUGCUCCAAGUCAACUGCAAGCAACAGAAGAUUUGAUAAACCCUAGAUUUGGUGGUUUUUCUGGGUUUGAGAUAACGUAUUCAAAUCUAUUGGAGAAUAUUUUCGUCAAUCUGAGUGCACAAUCUGGAAGUAUAUUUCUGUCUCCAAUGUUUAUGCAAUUUGGAGAACCAAUGUGGAGUGAACUUACAAUCAAUGCAGGAAAUGAAACGGCGACCAGUUUAAUACUAGAAGGCUCCGUGGAAGUUAUUAAUAUUGCGCUUCAGUCAAUUCAAUACCUCGGAAACGAGAAUUUUUAUGGCGCAGAUACCAUUCAAGUCUCCGCGAAGAAUAAGAAUGGAGUAAAUUCAUUAGGUGUUCCAAUUUUUGUUGAUCCUAUCAAUGAUCCUCCAUUUAUAAAAGUUCCUUACUUCAUCAUAUUGAAGAGUCAUGAAGAUGAGAACCUUAUAUUUGACAAAGAUAAAGACAAGUUUGAUUUUUACAUCGGAGAUCCUGAUCUUCUUACCUUCCCUGGGGGUGAGGCUCAUUUUUCGGUGACGUUUUCUAUGGAAGUAAAUGAUGGAUUAUUAGCAACAAAUCUUCCUUCUCAUUUGAUCAACACAACUGAACUGAAGAACAGGAAUAAUUAUCAGUGGCAAUCACUUCAAACAUAUGUAACUAUCUCAAAGCACUUUAUGGUGAAAGCAAGUGGAAUCAGAUUUCAAGGCACAGUAAAUGACUGCAAUACUGUUAUGCAGCAACUCUAUUAUCAUGGAGAUGAGCAUGGAGCUACAUUAACAUUGACAUUGAAUGACAUGGGAAAUUAUGGGUGUUAUCCAGAUUGUGAAGAAGGAAUGUCAAUGCCAUUAUAUACUGAGGCUAUGGUUAAUUUAAUGAGAAAGCAGCCAAUGGAUUCAAUUCUUGCUCACACAUUAGGAUCAAUUAUCGUCAUUGAAUUUGUUAUCAUCUUCUCUCUUGGAUUGUUGCUUCUAUAUUUCACUUGCAAAUGUGCAAUUCUUCUUGUGCAUGAAAGAAGAAAGAAUGAGAAAAGGUCUUCAGAGCCAUCUAAUGAUCAAAGUUCCCAAGGACAAACUUCAAGCAUGAACAUGCCUGAGAAUUCUACUCAUCCUACUGGUUGCUGUGGGAGCUCUUCCUUACUUCGUUUUCGUAUGCAAUCCUCCAAUUUUCGCCAACGGUCCCGUCCUCUAUUUGAAUUUUGA